CGGAACACUACCAGGAUGUAUAACGGUCAUCAAUGGGUAUCCCCCUUACAUGCCGCCGGGCCCGCCAGGUGGUGGUUUCCGACCACCUCUCGCAGGAAUGCCACCUCCGACUCUUCCAGGAAUGCCGCCCCCAACAUUGAGUCCGAUGCCUGGUAGCUUGCCACCAUUUCCACCCGGUCAAGGCGGCUUCCGACCUCCCAUUCCUGGAACCCUGCCCAACUUUCCGCCUACGAGACCUCCUAUGCCAGGCUUCCCGGGUACUCCAGGAUCUCAAGGCCUAGGAGCACCCUCCCCAGGAAGUAUGCCUCCUUUCAGUCCCGGACAGAUGCCGCCUCCCGGAAUGGGUUUGCCAAUUCGACCAGGCUUUUCGCCUCAUGGAGUUCCUGGUUCGGGAACACCCGGUUUCGACCCGAACAACGCAGGACUACCCAGACCUCCUCAUAUUCCUGGUGGAUCGCAGAACCCCAACUUUGUCAGAGCAGUCAAGACGACAAAAGUCUUCAUCGGAAGCAUCGCAGCGGGGGUUACGGAUGCCAUCCUGACGGGAUUGAUUCAUACGUGUGGUCCAUUGCACAGUCUCAGCCGGGUGACGACAGCUUCGGGCAAUCUUGCGGGAUUUGGUUUCGCCGAGUUUGAAGAUCCCGAGGUCGUCUUGCGAUGUCUCAAAUGCCUCAACGGUACCGAGCUCCCCGAUAUGACAUCUGCUGGGCGAAGAGAAGGUGUCACAAAGGCUCUAGUGGUAAAAGCGGACGACAAGACGAAAGCUUUCUUGAACGAAUUUGAGGAGUUGAACAUCCGUACAGACCAUGAUGACGAACUAGAUGAACAUGCUAGGAAGCGUAUUCAGACCAUCGUCCAGGCGAUGAAAGACCCGAAUGCCGAUCUGAACUCGAUUAUCCCAGCUUCAGCGGCGCCCAAUGUCAGCGAGGCGGCCAAAGACAACGGACCUAUGGUUCCUGACCACCUGAAAGAUCUGGACGCGGAAGAAUUGCCUGAGGAUCAGCGUGGAGUUGUGUUGGAUCAGAUCGCCUCCUUCCGAGUGCAAGCGCAAAAGAAGGAAGAAGAACGAAAGAGGAAAGACGAGAUGCUUAACUCUCGUUCAGGCGGCUCUGGGUCUUAUAAUAAUGCAGGCCCGGGUCAGGGUGGGAAUCAGAUGCGACAGUGGGGUGGAAGGGGUGAACAGGGUGUUCGGCCGAUAGGUGACGGGCCUCAGGGUUACAACCAGCCUGUCGGAUUCGUAAAAGCCGAGACCAUGGAGGGCAGACAAGGAGGUGAGAGGAGUGAUGCCGAGGUAGAACAAAUGCGAAAAGAAGAAAAGCAGCGUCGACUGGAGGAGGACUUUAGAAGCCUCGAACGCCGCGUCGAAAGCCGCGAGUCGAGGGUGAUGAGAACCCUGGAGAAGGAGAACGAGGAUCUUAAACGGCAGGAAGAUUACGAGAGGGAUGCACGAGAACGAGCGAGACGGAUGCUCCGAGAUUACGAUGACGAUAGAGAAGAGGCUAGCGGAAGGGAUGUCUUCUAUGCCGACCGAGUGAAAUGGAGAAGUAUGCGUCAGGCGGUCCGAAGAAGGGAGUACCAGGACGAUGUCCGAGAUCGUCAAACAGAAGAAGUGGAGAUGGUCGAGCUCGAGAAGCAAACCGAAGAAUUGCUUCAGAAGCAAAUGCAGGAGAUGGCAGACCUCGAGGCCAAACAGCGAGCUGCAGGAUACUUGUUCGACGACUCUGCACAUAUCAAGGUUGCCAUUGGUGGAAAUACUGCGCCUACCGCCUCUAAGCAAAAGACGAAUAUUGCAUUCAACGGAGAUGACGAUGACGACGCUGGGAAGAAGAAGAGGACUUUGAUCAUGCUAGAUGAUACAGAGGGCCUCACACCGUCGCAGCGAGACGAGCGCAACGCUGAAAAGUUACGGACCAUCAGGGAUGCUAUUCCCAAAGACCAGGCGACUUUGUGGGCUACCAAGAUCAAGUGGGGCGUGGCUAUCACUUCGCAAAUGGACAACAAGAUUGCGCCCUUUGUACGCCAGACCAUCGACACAGCGCUGGGCCUCCAGGAAGAAGACCUGUCCAAUGCGGUCAUCCAGCAUAUCAAAGAACAGGCUGGACCAGGAGUGCUACUGGAGACCCUUGAGCCGGUCCUGGAAGAGGAUGCUAGCCAGGUUGUCAACGACAUCUGGCGAUUGUUGGCGUUCGAAUCCGCUGCCUAUACUGCCGGAUUGCCGACGGGAGAAAUGACAAUUUGAGCGAGAUUCCGGCAGAACUCGACUCUGGUUUUU